AUUUUAAUCGUCUAGGUGCUCGGUGGGUCCAGCGUUUUGAACGGGAUGAUGUACGUACGCGGUAACCGAAGAGACUACGACCAAUGGGAAGCACUUGGGAACCCGGGAUGGAAUUACACAAACGUUUUGUAUUAUUUCAAAAAAUCCGAAGAUUUUCGAAUCAGAGAAUUCCAAAACUCUUCUUACCACAGUACCGGUGGACCUCUGUCGGUGGAAAAUAACAGGUAUCACGCACCCGUCAUUGACUACUUGGUAAGAGCCGGUACCGAAAUGGGUUACGAGUACGUCGACAUAAACGGAGCCUCGCAAACCGGAUUCACUAUCACUGAGUCGACGCUGAGGGAUGGAUUGCGGUGUAGCGCGGCGAAGGCUUUCCUCCGGCCCGCUUGGAGGCGAAAGAAUUUACAAAUCAUCAUCGAAUCUACCGUAGAAAAGAUUCUAAUCGCGAAAGAUGAGAACAAUGAGAAAAGGGCGUACGGGGUGAAAUUUCGAGACGGGUCGAGGGUUCACACGGUGAGAGCCAAACGUGAGGUGAUCCUGUCGGCCGGCGCGGUGAUAUCGCCGCAGGUUUUAAUGCUGUCCGGAAUCGGGCCGAGGGAACACUUGGAGGAAUUGGGAAUCCCUGUGAUUCACGAUGCACCUGGCGUGGGCCAGAAUCUACAGGACCACGUGGGCAUUAGCGGAUUAGACUAUUUGGUGGACAGGCCAGAGAAUUACACGUCCUCCGCGAGUUUCAGUUCUGGAUUAUUAAACGUUAUAAAUAAUAACACUGUCAGAGAAUUUCUUGUGAAUUACACUGGCCCGAUGUACUCGUAUGGUUUGCUAGAAGGCACGGCGUUUAUUUUUACUAGGCACCUGUUCAGAAAGAGAAAAAUCAAAUCAAUGACCAGCUUUCGUUAUUAUUUAGUCAUAUGAGCGUUACAACAUGGACGAAAAAUCGUAAUUGCAAUGCUUCUGUUUGUAAGCUAUU